AUGCCGCAGAAGCCGAUCAAACGCGGGUACAAGGUGUGGGUUCGAGCCGACGCAAACGGGUACAUCAGCCAGUUUGAGAUCUAUACUGGCCGUGGAAAGGAUACGGUGCCCGAGCACGGCCUUGGUGAACGUGUUGUGCGAUCCCUGACAGAGGCCCUCCACAACAAACAUCAUCACGUGUUCUUUGAUAAUUUCUUUACAUCGGUCCCUCUGCUCACAGACCUUGUGGAGAAAGGUGUAUAUGCCACUGGUACCAUUCGUGCAAACGGGAAGUUUCUUCCAGAACUCAAGUCCGAUAAGGCAAUGAAAAGGGGGGACGUAGACCAGAGAGUGUCAGCUAGGGGUAUCUUUGUAGCCAAAUGGAAGGACAAGAGGUGUGUGACAGUUGCAUCAAAUGCCCACGGUACCGAGAUAUCAACAGUGCCGAGGAAGUCCAAAGACGGAUCAACAGAAACCAUCUCGUUCCCACAGGUGGUCCUAGACUACAAUUCCCACAUGGGAUACGUGGACAAAGCUGAUAUGAUGAAGAGUAUUUAUGAAAUCGACAGGAAAAGCCGCAAGUGGUGGCAUCGCAUUGCUUUUCAUUUCCUGGAUGUUGCAAUAGUAAACGCGCAUGUCCUAUACGAUCAGGUAGCCACGAAUGCCAAUGUCACCCUCAAGGAUUUUCGCACGGAACUUGUAGCAGGCAUGCUGGGAGCACAAGAACUCAAUAAAAAGGGGACAAAAAGGAAGCGAUCUGAGGUUUGCUCAUUCAAGAAGCAGGUUCCCGCUGACAUCAGGAUUGGAUGUCCCACGGCGUCGCCUGCACAACAAGCUGCCUCCGAAGAACGGCGCCGAGCCAAGGAACGAGCUCAGUUGAAUGCUACGUCCCACGUAGGUUGCGUAUUGUGCCUGUGCAACAAGCUGACAGAACCCACCACCAACUACAAUUCCUGCAUCGACCUGGUCCUCGAGAAUCGAACAUUGAUGCGAGAAGUGUAA